AUGUCUGAAACUACUGAGACCAAGCACAAUGUGGAGGCUUCCAAAGAGGUAGAAAGCGCACCAAAGCCUCCAACUUCGUCUGUGUUCUCCAUGUUUGGUGGCAAGAAAAAUGAAGAGACCGCUAAGAAGGAAGGAGAAAGUGAGUCCAAGGAAGAGAAGGUCGAGAAGAAGAACGAAGAUGAUGAAUCUCCAGAGUCUCCAGAUGUUCAUUUCGAACCAAUUGUUCAUUUGGAAAAAGUCGAUGUCAAGACCAUGGAAGAGGAUGAAGAAGUACUACACAAAGUUAGAGCCAAGUUGUUCAGAUUUGACGCUGAUGCUAAGGAAUGGAAGGAGAGAGGUACAGGUGAUGUCAAAUUUUUGAAGAAUAAGUCCAGCGGUAAAGUUAGACUCUUGAUGAGAAGAGAUAAGACUCUAAAGGUCUGUGCAAACCACAUCAUCGCACCUGAUUACGUCUUGAAGCCAAACGUAGGCUCCGAUAGAUCAUGGGUGUACGCUUGUACUGCUGAUGUUUCCGAAGGUGAGCCUGAAGCUUUCACCUUUGCCAUUAGAUUCGGCUCCAAGGAAAAUGCUGAUAAAUUCAAGGAAGAGUUUGAAAAGGCUCAACAGUUGAAUAAGAAGGAUUAA